AUGACUGCUAAUCGAAUCCGGGGCACAUUGAUGGGUCAAUUUGUCGGUGAUGCACUUGGGUGUCGCUAUGAGUUCACUAAAAAAGCACAAGUACAGCAGAUGCUUGAUGAGGACAGGAAACGAGGAAAAGAUGGUUUACUCCCAAUGCUUGGUGGGGGACCAUUCCUUCUGAAAGCUGGCCAGAUCACCGAUGACAGUGAGAUGGCGUUGUCGAUGAUUGGCUCGAUUCUCAAGAAUGACCGCUAUGAUCAAGCGUCGACUGUUUGUGCUUAUGUAAGAUGGGCACAAUCGAACCCGCCCGAUAUUGGACACACAACGGCAACUGCGUUAAGGAUUCUGGAGAAGGUGCCGAAAGAUUGGCUCGAUUUGUUGGAUUCGACGAAAAGAGAGGACGUUUUGAAGGCUGUGUUGCAAAAUGUGCGCAUCAAAUGCGGAAAUUCGAAAUCGAAUGGGUUCCUGAUGAGAAUCUCGCCAAUUCCCGCUUUCUAUCACGAUGAACCGGUGGAAAAAUGGAUCACUUAUGCGAUUCAAGAUGCAGCAUUGACACAUCUCGAUCCAACGACAUUCAACGCUGCCACUGUCUACUCAACAGCCCUUCAUCAACUCAUCAAUGGGAAAACUCCGCAAGAAGUCUUUCAACACGCUCUCGAUGCCACAAAUGACCCGAUUGUCAAAAAACAUUUGGAUCUGGCACGCACACAGAGAAUUCCUGUGCCAUUCGGAGAAAAGAUGGAAUUACUCUCAAAUGGUGAUGAUAAAGCGAUUGGGUAUUUUGGAAUCGCUUUGCAGGUGGCUUUCUAUGAGCUUUUACACGCUGACUCGUUUGCUGAGGGUUUAGUGAAUGCGAUCGCGAUUGGAGGAGACACCGACACGAAUGGAUGCAUCACUGGGGCACUACUGGGAGCUCAUUUUGGAGAGACUGAGAUCCCCGUUGAUUGGCGAAAAAUUGUCGAAAACGCGCCGCUUCGAAUGAAAAACGAGAAUGGAAUCAAAUCGAUUAAAGAAAUCUGUGAGGCUUUUGAGAAGCAUCAAUCAAAAAAA